AUGGCGACACUUUCGGAGACAUACGCGUGCGCACCCUCCACGGAGCGCGGCCGCGGCAUCCUCAUCUCCGGCGAUUCCAAAUCCAACAACAUUCUCUACUGCACCGGCCGAUCCGUCAUCAUCCGCAACCUCGAGAACCCGCUCCAGGUCUCCGUCUACAGCGAGCACGCCUACCCCGUCACGGUGGCGCGUUACUCCCCCAACGGCGAGUGGAUCGCCUCCGCUGACGUAUCUGGCACCGUCCGCAUCUGGGGGACCCACAACGAAUUCGUUCUGAAGAACGAGUUUCGGGUCCUCUCCGGUCGGAUUGACGACCUCCAGUGGUCCUUCGAUGGAAUGAGGAUCGUCGCUUGUGGGGAUGGCAAGGGCAAGUCCUUCGUUCGCGCCUUUAUGUGGGAUUCAGGUUCCACUGUUGGUGAUUUUGAUGGCCAUUCGCGCCGAGUUUUAAGCUGUGCAUUUAAACCAACAAGGCCAUUCCGCAUUGUCACAUGUGGCGAAGAUUUUUUGGCGAAUUUUUAUGACGGUCCACCGUUCAAGUUCAAUAUGUCCAUCAGGGACCAUUCGAAUUUUGUCAACUGUGUUAGAUUUUCUCCAGAUGGGAGCAAAUUUAUUACUGUUAGCUCGGAUAGGAAGGGCAUUAUAUAUGAUGGAAAGACAGGGAACAAACUUGGUGAGUUGUCCACGGAGGAUGGUCAUAAGGGCAGCAUAUAUGCAGUUAGUUGGAGUCCUGACAGCAAACAGGUUCUUACUGUGUCCGCUGACAAAUCUGCAAAAAUAUGGGAUAUUGUUGAUGAUGGUAGUAGUGGAACUCUUAAUAAGACUCUGGCAUGUACUGAAUCUGGCGAGGUGGAGGACAUGCUUGUUGGUUGUCUUUGGCAGAAUGAUUUUCUGCUUACUAUCUCUCUUGGUGGCACGACUAAUAUAUAUUCUGCUAAGGAUUUAGAUAAAAGCCCAUUGACAAUAUCUGGGCACAUGAAAAAUGUCACCGUUUUAACCCUGCUCAAAAGAAGUGAAAAGAUGCUUUUGACCAGCAGCUAUGAUGGAGUGAUCAUUAGAUGGAUUCCAGGCGUGGGAUACGGUGGCAAGUUUGAGAGUAAACAAUUUGGAUUAAUCAAAUUGUUAGUAGCUGCUCAAGAUGAAGUUAUUGCUUCUGGAUUUGAUAACAAGGUAUACAGGGUUCCUCUUCGAGGGGAUGAUCUCGGUCCUGCUGAAAUUGUUGAUGUUGGAAGUCAGCCUAAGGAUUUGAGCCUUGCACUUGAUAGCCCUGAACUUGCUAUCAUUGCAAUUGAAUAUGGAGUUGUCUUACUAAACGGUUCAAAAAUUGUUUCCACUGUAAACCUGAACUUUAUUGUGACUGCGGCUGCUCUUUCGCCUGAUGGCAGUGAAGCAAUUGUGGGAGCGCAAGAUGGUAAGUUGCGCGUCUAUUCAGUCUCAGGAGAUACAGUUACUGAACAGGCUGUCCUUGAGAAGCACCGAGGGGCCAUCACCGUAAUCAGAUACUCUCCAGAUGUUUCCAUGUUUGCAUCAGCAGAUAUGAAUCGUGAAGCUGUUGUAUGGGACCGUGCUUCCAAAGAGGUGAAGCUUAAUAACAUGUUGUUUAAUACGGCACGUAUUAACAAUCUUGCUUGGUCACCUGAUAGCACACUUGUAGCUACUGGUUCACUUGAUACAUGUGUCAUUAUAUAUGAAGUUGGAAAACCAGCCUCGAGCCGCAGAACCAUAAAGGGUGCUCAUUUAGGUGGAGUAUACGGAUUGGUUUUUAUUGCUCAGGAUAGAGUGGUCAGUUCAGGGGAGGAUGGUUGUGUUCGCGUUUGGAGUUUGAUUUCUGAAUAA